AGCUUCGAUGCUCAAACAUGAUGGUGUGGAAGUGUUGAUCGCCUGAGCUUUGCCUUCAUCCUCGGUUACCCAUUUCUCAUUUUGCUUCGAUUUGCGCGGUUCUCUGGGCACUCGCCACUCGCUCGAUUAACCAAACUCGCGGAAUAUCCAACUGGAGAGGCUUUGCCCCGCGCAUAAAGCCGAGUAUACAAUUUCGGUGCAUCGGGCAUCGUCACCUGCACAACAUGGCGAUGCGAGCCAGGCAACGUAUUCGCGCUCCGCGGAGGGGCCUUCCGGCUAGCAAAGGUGAUGAUUUCGAGACGAAUUGGACCGAUCUCUCGACCUCGUUGAAGAAAAUCCACACCAAAGAUGCCUCCAACCUGUCCUUCGAGCAGCUCUAUCGCAAUUCCUACAAUAUCGUCCUGAUGCAGCGCGGCGAGGAUCUCUACGAGCGGAUAAAGAAGUUGGAAAAAGAAUGGCUUGACGACGAAGUGAAGAGCAAGGUGACGGCGGCGAUCUCGUCCAGUCUGCUGCUCGCGAAGGAGCUUGCGGAGGUGCAGGACCAGGCCAAUGAGCGCAGGGAAGCCGGCGAAAGGUUUCUGGCCGCCAUGAGAGAGGCCUUUGAAGACCACCAAUUGUGUAUGGGCAUGAUCACGGAUGUGCUCAUGUAUAUGGAUCGAGUCAUGUCGACAGACCACCGGAAACCGUCGAUCUAUGCAGCAGCAAUGGCUUUGUUCCGAGAUCAUGUAGUACGGGCUCUGAUCCGCCCGGACGCUCAGACGAAGGUGGUAGAUGUGCUCGAGUCGACUGUGCUUUUCAUGAUUCAGCUCGAACGAUCCGGCCAGAUCAUCGACCGCCCCCUAAUUCGCCACUGCAUAUACAUGUUGGAAGGACUGUACGAGACUAUCACUGAGGAAGAGUCGUCCAAGCUCUACCUGACCAUAUUCGAACCGGCGUUCCUGGAAGCAAGCCGGAAGUUUUACCAGUCGGAAGGCCGACGCUUACUAGAGACAGGCGAUGCCGCAACUUUUUGUAAGGUUGCCAUGGACCGCCUCGCCGAGGAAACUGAGCGGUGUACCUACACCCUUGCAUCGUCGACAGAGCCGAAAGUCAAGGAUGUCCUGGACAAAGAACUGAUCGAGAAUAAUAUCAAAGAGGUUGUGGAUUUGGAAGGCACGGGUGUCCGGCAAAUGCUCGACAAUGAUCGCUUGGAUAACCUGCGGAGUGUCUAUGUGCUGAGCGCACGGGUUGACCCGAAGAAGACUCCGCUGACAGCCGCGGUUCAGAAGCGCAUCGUGGAAAUGGGCAAGGAGAUCAAUGCUGGCGCGGUUGCGAUGGCACAAACCUCGGCAGCGAGCUCUGCGCCCAAGAAGGCCUCGGCAGAUAAAACUGAAGGGGCCAAGAAGCCGACCGAGAAAGAGAAACCAGUCAACCAGCAGACUGCGGCAGCUAUCAAGUGGGUGGACGACAUUCUUGGUCUGAAGAACAAGUUCGACAGAAUCUGGGAGAAUGCGUUCCAAUCGGACCACGUCAUGCAGAGCGCUAUCACUACUAGUUUCUCGGAGUUCAUCAACUCGGAGUCGCGCAGCUCAGAGUACCUGUCGCUUUUCUUCGAUGAGAAUUUGAAGAAGGGCAUCAAAGGGAAAACAGAAACAGAGGUCGACUCGCUGUUGGAUAAUGGCAUCACGCUUCUUCGCUAUGUCAAAGACAAGGACAUGUUUGAGGCGUAUUACAAGAAACAUCUUUCCCGUCGUCUUCUCAUGAAGCGCUCUGUAAGCAUGGACGCGGAGCGGCAGAUGAUCUCGAAGAUGAAGAUGGAGGUCGGCAAUCAGUUCACCCAGCGCUUAGAAGCGAUGUUCAAGGACAUGACGAUUUCGGAGGAUCUGACGGCAAGCUAUAAGGACCAUGUCAAAAAGACGGGUGACCCCGACACCAGGCGCAUUGACUUGGACAUCAACGUUCUCACCAGCACCAUGUGGCCCAUGGAGAUCAUGUCCAGUGCGACCCGCGACGACGUGCAACUGGCCUGCAUAUACCCGAAAGAGGUGGAGAGCGUCAAACAGAGCUUUGAGCAGUAUUAUCUGGGCAAACACAGCGGACGCAAACUGUCGUGGCAGCCCACUAUGGGCACUGCAGAUAUCCGAUUGGAGUUUCCGCGAUCCAACGGCAAGAUCCAACGGCACGAGCUCAAUGUCUCUACAUACGCCAUGGUCAUUCUACUGCUUUUCAACGAUGUAUCCACGGGCGAAUCCUUGACAUACACAGAAAUCAAAGAGCGCACGCGCAUUCCCGAUCAUGACCUCAUCCGCAAUCUGCAAUCGCUUGCGGUGGCUCCGAAGACCCGCGUUUUGCGCAAAGACCCGAUGAGCCGAGACGUCAACCCGACGGACAAGUUCUACUUUAACAACGACUUCCAAAGCCAGUUCCUGAAGGUCCGCAUUGGCGUCGUCAGCGGCAGUGCCAAUAAGGUCGAAAACCAGGAUCAGCGGAAGGAGACGGAGAAGAAGAUGAAUGAAGAACGUGGCGGGAGCAUCGAGGCUGCUAUCGUCCGGAUCAUGAAGCAGCGCAAAUCGCUGACCCAUUCAAACCUCAUGACAGAGGUCCUGACUCAGCUGUCGGCGCGGUUUGUCCCGGACGUCAACAUGAUCAAGAAGCGUAUCGAGAGCCUGAUCGACCGCGAGUAUCUGGAGCGUAUCGAGGAGGAUCCUCCGACAUAUGGCUAUGUCGCAUAGUUGGCUCUGGUGAUUGUUUGUUUUCUUCUGCUUGAUUGUUCCUCUUUUUGUGGGUUCUCGCUCUGUAGCGUUGAGAGCAAGGAAAGAAUGGGUUCUUGAGCUUAGCGUUGAGGGCGCAACGGCGAUUGAUGUUAUCUCCGGUAUAGACUUUUCUGUCCGCUGCAUUUCCACUGGAAUCGGGUUCUAUUAUCCAAAAUGCAUUUUUCUGGAUCACUGGUGGCAGGGUAUGGGCGGG